GCUGUGCUGAGGCGCUGUGCUGAGGCGGGCGCUGAGGGCUGAGGCGCGAUCAUGGCGCAGCCGCCGCCGUUCCCCGCCCGCCUCCCGCCGCCGUUCCGCGCCUUCCCGCCGCCUUUCCCCGGCCCCGCUGGCCGCCCAGCGCCCUUCGCGGUGGGACCGGCAGCACCCCCGCCCUUCUUCUUGCCGCCACCGCCUGCAGGUGAGGGGGGACCGCGCUUCCCACCGGGCGUUCCCUGCUUGGCUGUCCCGCCGCGGGCAGCGGCCGCAGAGGAGGCGGUGCAGCGGCACGUGCGGCCCCUGCGAGAGCCCGGCUACGGCCCGGUGCUGCGGAGGAAGGCCGAAAGGGCGAGGAAGAGGAGGCUGCGCCUGCAGCGGAGGAAGCUGGAAGCCAGGGCGGCCAAGGAGGAGGAGGCGGCCCGGGCCGCGGAGCGAGAGGCCAAGAUCGACCAGUGGCGGGCUAAGUGCAUCCAGGAGGUGCAGGAGAAGAACCGGGAACAAGAGCUGAAGGCUGCUGCUGACAGUGUCCUGUCUGAAGUCCGGAAGAAACAAGCAGACACAAAGAGGAUGGUGGACAUCCUGCGUGGGUUGGAAAAGCUUCGGAAACUGAGGAAAGAGGCUGCUGCCAGGAAAGGUGUUUGUCCACCUCCCUCAGCAGAUGAAGCAUUUGAGAAUCAGGUGGAGAGUCUCAAGACGUUGCUCAAAACUCGCACAGAGCUGUAUGAAGCUGAGGAAAGAGCAUUAAGGGUUAUGCUGGAGGGAGAACAGGAGGAGGAAAGGAARAGGGAAAUGGAAAAGAAACAGAAGAAGGAAAGGGAAAAACUACUACAGAAAAAACUGGAAAUGGAUUCCAAGCUGUUUGGGGAUCCAGCUGAAUUCCCACUUGCCCAUCUACUGCAGCCUUUCAGAGACUACUACUUACAAGCUGAACAUUCUGUAGCAGCUCUAAUCCAGAUCAGGCACGAAUGGGAUCAGUACUUGGUGCCAGCUGACCACCCCGAAGGAAGCUGCAUCCCUCCAGGAUGGGUUCUCCCCAGUCUCCCCACCAAUGACACUUGGGCCACUGCUGUCAGAUAAUUCAGUGAUAUUCUAACAUKGGAGGAUUGCUUCAUUAUAAUUACAUGUGUAAAUGUGAGAGGGUCCAAAGAGAAAGUCUUGUCCUCUCUUUCGGCAGCCAGGUACUGGAAURUCUUUGCUGGAAUAACUUGAAGAAAAGUUGAAGAAUUGUUUUUGCUGAUUGACCAUGCAGGGAGAUACCUGAGCAAGCGCAGAGCUGCCAGGCCUCUCGUGUGGAAUUACAGUCCCACUGCGAGUUCUUAUUAAAUCUCAAUCUGAAUAGAGGAACGUUGCUGACGGUGGUAUUUGUGCCAGUAUUAACAUCCGAUUUUUAGUGGCUUUUAUCUUUAUAAAGGAUGAUGAAAACUUCAGAAAUGAAGAAAUUAAAAAAAAAAAAAAAAGAAGACAUCAUUAGUAAACAUGCUUUUCUUCUUAAAUGAAGCAUGUCAAGCAUCACUGUCAAAAUAGUUCCUGUAUUUUUGGGUGUAGAGACAAACCUAUUACAAGUUUAAACAAAUUCUGAAGUACAAACAAGACGGGUUUUCAAGGCUGAUUAAAGCAGCUGUUGACAUUUUACUUUUGUGGACUAAAACUGAUACCAAAACAUGGAAAAARUUUCUAGUUGUGGUAAUAUAAAUUUGAUGAAUAAGCCUGCUGGGAAAAAAACUAAUAAAAUCUGAAGUCUAACCUACUGUAAAGUGUUUUGCCUAUAUAGAUACUUUUGUAUGGAGACACAUCAUGUCUGUAUAUUGGAUUAAAAACCACAGCUUAAUUGUGUAAGUUGUGGGUUUUUUUGUACAGAAUAAAUAGAGAAAAAUGGAUUUUUGUUUUUUUUCUUUUAAGCAUUUUCACGCCGGGGAGAGAUUUGUUUGAGUACUUUGCAUCAAAUACAACUCCAGCUUGGGGAGAAUUGUUGAGAAAAACUUUCUGUGAAGGAACUUCUCGCUCCUGCAAGGUGACMGAGGCAUCUGAUGUCAA